AUGGACAAAGCGGCUACAGCUAGCCAUGCUCUUGCCCAAGAGAGUGAUGCCAAUAUAGACCCUCAAAUCAAAGAUAGAGACCGCCAUAUUGAACACAAUACUCUCCAGUCCGCAACUUCUGGUUGGCAUAGCGAAACCACUACCGCUGUACAAUCAUAUGCCAGUAUACGAAACGGAGACCUUUGGACUUUGAUAAGGCGUUUUAAUAAGCAGAUCUUCCAUGUUAAGAGAAUCUAUAAGCCGCCGCUGUCAAAUCUUGAUAUGAAUAUUGCAGCUGGUGAAGACAUCACAGGAGAGAAAGUCUUAGUCGCGCUCUAUAAACAUAUAGUUCUCCUGCGAUCGUGGCGAGACAAAAGAACGUUAUAUUUUUGUACCACUUAUUCAAUCGCCUGGCUUGUUGAUCUGCUUGCCCCUACUUUCAUUCUUUUUCUCAUAGUGUUAAUCAUUUGUCCACCCGUCAGAGAUAUUUGCUUCCCACCAGCACCGGCAUCACUUAUUAGUUCUCGCACCGGAGCUGUAAAAAAACCAAUGGCUGGGGUACUAGCCUCUGAAUCUGUUACGGGAGCUCCAGAAGAAAAUAGUGGCGAAGCGAUCGAACAAGAGGCCCAUAGCUUUAUCUACAGCAUUAGUACGCUUUUAAUGAACAUUUCUUCGGGCGAGUUCUCCCAAGAAGAACAAGAUUCUGUUGGGCCAGAACACAUGGUUCAGGAUGUCUCAGAUGUUUUGAAUGAGACGGGAGACCAGAGUAAAAAUAAAAAAAACCAUGAUAGGACAAAAGAGCCCGUUGCACGCGCUGUGCAAAGCUUUCACACACGCUCCGCGUUGCACACAUUCCCCGAGCUCAUCGACACUUGUGAACGACUCGGCAAUGCAUUGAGCCCAACCUCACCUUUUCCUACUCAUCGUCCAAGACUGAUCAUGGCUACUUGUUUGCUACCACUACUUAUGACAUCAUUUUUUGGUUCGUGCUAUGGCAUGAUGAAAGUUUUGGGAUUGUUUACGGGAGCUAUAUUCUUUGGCAAGCCUAUUAUCGAACGCGGCGUUUCCAUCAUUGAUUAUAGGUACCCUGAUUGGCGUCAGCAUAUAGAGAUGCGGAAUUCAAUCCUUAAAGGAGUACCCACGAAUGUUCAGAUCGCCAUUACUCUCCUCCGUACUGGAGAAACCCUUAACAUGCCUCAGCCUCCGCCACCCUCAUCCCAUGGACCACCUAAUGUACAGCUGAACGCCGAUGAUUACGAUCUGGCCCAUCUUGGUGCUUCUAAAGAGGAUACGAUGAUAGCUAUCGACCCAGUGUCAGAUAAGGAAUACUCCAAACAGACAUACGCAAGGCAGGAAAAGGGCGAACCCAGCACCACGCGCCGCAUUGCUAAUUGUAUCAAGCGAACUACCAAGGAUGGUAUACAGGCAAUGAACAAGAUCGCCAAGGCUGCGGAACCAUCAAACUCGGAGCAUCUUCCAGGCGAACAAAGUGCCCUUAAAUCGUCAGAAACCCAUGCUGGCCCUACUCGUUUUUCUGCCUGUCACAAAGGCAAGAAAGGGUACGUAUAUAUUACUACCACAGCUACAACACCGGCUAUCAGUUGGAUAAGCGAGAAUGAGGACUUGGACACAACGUGGACUAUAGCAAUCGCGGAUGUUAGAGAGGUUAGGAAAGUGAGCGACGUUGGUAGCUUAGGUGGCAAAAAGAGAGCUCUAACGGACUGGGCCCUGGAGAGAGAGACAACGGGGGGGUUGGUGCUAAAGACAGAACCAGACGGUGAGUUUUGUUUAACUUCUGUCACCUUGAGAGACGCGGUCUUCAAUCGAAUCAUUUCUGUAGGUAGUCAGAUGUGGGAGAUUUGGUAGGGACCUUUAGAUAAGGAAAUCUCGGUUUUAUAAUAUACAUAUUUGAGAUUUGGUAAAAGUAAG